CGUUACUGCCCGGCUGGUCGGCGGUUGCGCCCCUCUCCUUUACCCCCUGAGGUCCGCGCAGGCGCAGUAGCCGCGCGCGGCCUAGUCAUCGUUGUCGUCGUCGAGGCGGUCCGCGUCGCGGCGUUUCUGUGAGGGGGAAGAGCGGCAGAAAGACCGAGGGAGCCACCCGGAAGCCGCCGCCAUCAUGAGCGUGGAGGCGUACGGGCCCAGCUCCCAGACGCUGACUUUCCUGGACACCGAGGAGGCCGAGCUGCUGGGCGCCGACACGCAAGGCUCCGAGUUCGAGUUCACUGACUUCACCUUGCCCAGCCAGACCCAGACGCCGCCCGGGGCAGGAGGCGCCGUCGCCCAGGGAAACCCCGGGGCGCCAGGAGCGGGGCCGCCCUCAGUCGUCGCGGCCGGGCAGCUGGAAGCUCAGGUUAAUGGGCCUGAUGGCAUUCUCCAAAAUGGCGCAGUGGAUGAUAACGUGGCAAAGACCAGCCAGCUCCUGGCAGAGCUCAAUUUUGAGGAAGACGAGGAAGACACGUAUUAUACCAAAGACCUUCCUGUUCAUGCUUGCAGCUACUGUGGCAUCCAUGACCCAGCUUGCGUGGUCUACUGCAACACCAGCAAGAAGUGGUUCUGCAACGGUCGUGGGAAUACCUCUGGCAGCCACAUCGUGAAUCAUCUCGUGAGAGCCAAAUGUAAGGAGGUGACUCUUCACAAAGACGGGCCCCUGGGGGAGACGGUCUUGGAAUGUUACAACUGCGGUUGCCGGAAUGUGUUCCUCCUCGGCUUCAUCCCGGCCAAGGCUGACUCAGUGGUGGUUUUGCUGUGCAGGCAGCCUUGUGCCAGUCAGAGCAGCUUGAAGGAUAUCAACUGGGACAGUUCGCAGUGGCAGCCUCUCAUUCAAGACCGCUGCUUCCUUUCCUGGCUGGUCAAGAUUCCUUCCGAGCAGGAGCAGCUGAGAGCUCGGCAGAUCACGGCUCAGCAGAUCAACAAGCUGGAGGAACUGUGGAAGGAAAACCCGUCUGCCACCCUCGAGGACCUGGAGAAACCCGGUGUUGACGAAGAGCCACAGCAUGUCCUGCUUCGAUACGAGGACGCUUAUCAGUACCAGAACAUUUUUGGGCCAUUGGUCAAGCUUGAGGCGGACUACGACAAGAAGCUCAAGGAGUCUCAGACCCAAGACAACAUCACCGUGCGAUGGGACCUGGGCUUGAACAAGAAAAGAAUUGCGUACUUCACCUUGCCGAAGACCGACUCAGAUAUGCGUCUGAUGCAAGGAGACGAAAUCUGUCUGAGGUACAAAGGGGAUUUAGCCCCACUGUGGAAGGGAAUCGGCCAUGUCAUUAAAGUUCCAGAUAAUUAUGGCGAUGAGAUCGCUAUUGAGCUGAGAAGUAGCGUCGGUGCUCCCGUGGAAGUGACCCACAACUUCCAGGUGGACUUUGUCUGGAAGUCUACGUCCUUUGACAGAAUGCAGAGUGCUCUCAAAACUUUUGCCGUGGAUGAAACCUCAGUAUCCGGCUACAUCUACCAUAAGCUGCUUGGUCACGAGGUGGAAGAUGUCAUUAUCAAGUGUCAGCUGCCGAAACGUUUUACAGCACAGGGACUUCCGGACCUCAACCACUCUCAGGUGUAUGCUGUGAAGACCGUCUUGCAGCGUCCAUUGAGCCUUAUCCAGGGCCCUCCUGGGACAGGCAAAACUGUGACAUCAGCUACCAUUGUUUACCACCUGGCCAGGCAAGGAAAUGGGCCUGUACUCGUUUGCGCCCCAAGUAACAUAGCUGUGGAUCAGCUGACUGAGAAGAUACAUCAGACCGGACUGAAAGUGGUACGUCUGUGUGCAAAGAGCCGGGAGGCAAUUGACUCUCCAGUGUCUUUCCUGGCCCUGCACAACCAGAUCAGAAACAUGGACAGCAUGCCUGAGCUCCAGAAACUGCAGCAGCUGAAAGAUGAGACUGGAGAGCUGUCCUCUGCUGAUGAGAAACGCUACCGAGCACUCAAGCGAACAGCUGAGCGGGAAUUGCUGAUGAAUGCGGACGUCAUCUGCUGCACGUGCGUGGGAGCUGGCGACCCAAGGCUGGCCAAGAUGCAGUUCCGCUCUAUCUUGAUCGACGAAAGCACCCAGGCCACGGAGCCGGAAUGUAUGGUGCCGGUUGUCCUCGGGGCGAAGCAGUUGAUCCUGGUGGGCGACCACUGUCAACUCGGCCCUGUUGUGAUGUGCAAGAAAGCAGCCAAAGCCGGCCUUUCCCAAUCCCUCUUUGAGCGGCUGGUGGUCCUGGGGAUCCGGCCCAUCCGCCUGCAAGUGCAGUACCGCAUGCACCCUGCCCUGAGCGCGUUUCCUUCCAACAUCUUUUAUGAGGGGUCUCUCCAGAAUGGUGUCACGGCAGCUGACCGUGUGAAAAAGGGAUUUGACUUCCAGUGGCCUCAGCCGGACAAGCCCAUGUUUUUCUACGUCACUCAAGGGCAAGAGGAAAUCGCGAGCUCCGGCACAUCUUACCUGAACAGGACAGAAGCCGCAAACGUGGAGAAGAUCACCACCAAGCUGCUGAAAGCUGGCGCGAAACCAGAUCAGAUUGGCAUCAUAACCCCCUAUGAAGGGCAGCGCUCUUACCUGGUGCAAUACAUGCAGUUCAGCGGCUCCCUCCACACCAAGCUUUAUCAGGAGGUGGAAAUUGCCAGCGUCGAUGCCUUCCAAGGACGCGAGAAGGACUUCAUCAUCCUGUCCUGCGUCAGAGCCAACGAACAUCAAGGGAUCGGUUUCCUGAAUGAUCCCCGGCGCCUCAAUGUAGCUCUCACCAGAGCAAGAUACGGCGUCAUUAUUGUUGGCAACCCAAAGGCCCUGUCCAAGCAGCCUCUCUGGAACCACCUGCUGAACUACUACAAGGAGCAGAAAGUGCUAGUCGAGGGCCCCCUGAACAAUCUCCGUGAGAGCCUCAUGCAGUUCAGCAAGCCUCGGAAGCUGGUGAACACUAUCAAUCCGGGAGCCCGAUUCAUGACAACGGCCAUGUAUGAUGCCCGUGAAGCCAUUAUCCCUGGAUCAGUCUACGACCGCAGCAGCCAAGGCCGCCCCUCCAACAUGUAUUUCCAAACACACGAUCAGAUCGGGAUGAUCAGCGCCGGGCCGAGCCACGUCACCGCCAUGAACAUUCCCAUCCCGUUCAACUUAGUGAUGCCUCCGAUGCCUCCACCGGGAUAUUUUGGACAGGCCAAUGGGCCGGCUGCUGGACGUGGGAAUCCGAAAGGGAAGACCAGCCGAGGCGGGCGCCAGAAGAAUCGCUUUGGGAUGCCGGGGGCUGGCCAGUCUAACCUCCCCAACAGUCAGGCCAGUCAAGACGUGGUGUCACAGCCCUUUUCUCAGGGUCCCUUGACUCAGGGCUACAUCUCCAUGAGCCAGCCGUCGCAGAUGAGCCAGCCGGGCCUCUCCCAGCCAGAGCUGUCGCAGGACAGUUACCUUGGUGACGAGUUUAAAUCUCAGAUUGAUGUGGCCCUGUCACAGGAUUCUACCUACCAGGGGGAACGCGCAUAUCAACAUGGAGUGACGGGGCUGUCACAGUAUUAGAGUGUUGAAGAAGAGGAGCUAAGCUUGUGUGGAGCUUAGUUCGUCAGCAUUUUAUUCUGGGUAAUAAAAAAAAAUAAAAUGGAUACCUGUUUUCCACUGCUAAAACUGAAGCAACUCUGUGAGAGCAACAGGAGAGGGAGAGAAAGAGAGAGAAACCAACGGAGAGGAGAGAAGAGUGCGCGCGAGAGAGCGAGAGAGCCCACUGCUAGCUCACUGAGACAAGGAGACUGACCAGAGAUGGGAGAGAGCGCCAGAGGGCCGACCAGCGCCUCGCUAGGGGGGGACCCUACCUGCCCUGGAAGAACCACGUGGUCAGCGGAGUCCCCUGUUCUCCCCACCCCUCCCCACCCCCAUCAGCACACACCUUGAGGAGAAAGGCCUUAGGAGCACGUUCCACUCCAUUCCGUUCUCUUGAUGAGCAGGGCUUCACUUUUUUUUCAGAGCAGGAAGGGGUGAGGGGGAAAAACCCAUCUCAGAGUUGUGUUGUUUUUUUUUAACAAAAGGCAGUAUCCAUUGACAUUUUUUUUAGGAGCAGGUACGUCCGAGAGAGAGAAGGUCCUCUGUGCCCAUGGGAAGCCAGCCGGCUGGUGCCCGACUCCGAGAUGGGUGGGGUGUGGUUUUUUUUUUCUGUCCAGAAUCCAGCUUUGAAGCGCGCGUGUGAUGUCACCUACGUUCCGAACAGGCUUUUUUUUUUGUGAUGAGAUGGGGUUCUUGUGUUUUGUGUGUUCUUUUUUUUUUUCCUUUUUAAGAAACGAGCGAUCCUUUCGAAGAAGCACUGGAUAUUUUUUUUUAGAAGUUUUGUCUCUGAAACCUUAGUAGUGGAUCUGGGGGCGGGGGAAACCCUCGUUCUGGGGAGCUUAAAGAUAUAACUGUUGAUUGCUUACAAAAAAAACAUAGUUCCAAUCUUUUAAGGGUUGUUUUUUUUCCUUCAGUGUGACUUUGGUCGAUCGGCCUCUUCUUCUGAUGGCAGAUGAGAAGUUAGCAAGGGAGCCGACGGAUCUCUAGGCCGUGACGGCUCAAAAGCACUUGCUUUAAUUGGCUGCUCUUGGGGCUCUGCUCUGUGAAACUGAUCAGUUUUUUCCCCCUAUAAGAUGUAUAAUUUGCUUCAGAGGAAGGGGGAUUUGGGUAUCUGUACCCUUCAGUCUCAGAGGGAAAAGGACGCUAAGGUUAAAGCCUGCUUUCAUUAACUCCCACCGACGUUGGGAAGCAGAAGUGGAACCUGGGGAUUAUAUUGGGCUUGAAGUAAAGGUACAACAGGGAGGGGUGGGGUAGGGGUAGCAGGCGGCUCAGGGGGGCCGAUGAUAGCUAGGUGGUGCUAGAGCAUCUGGGUGAGGGUGGGUUGUCUGUAGAGCAUUCUACACAGCACGGGGGGGAGCGUGCAAUGGAAGUUUAAAAGCGAUCGGGAGCCUCCCACGUGGGGGACCCAGCCCCUCGGGCUCUUUCCAAAGGACCACCGAGCCCAGCUGAAAAGGGGCACUUCCCCCAGAUCACCUCGGCUGUGUUCCUAGCAGAAGUGUCUUUUUACCUGCAUCUCGAGCUUUCUAGAAAUUCCACUGCGGAAGAUAGGAUUUCCCCGAUACCUUUGCUCCUGUGUUCUUUUGUGUUUUGUUCUUUCAAAGGCAAACCAUACAUAGGCCGACACUUUUUAUCUCCCCGAUUGGCUGAGGCUGUAGUUUGACCAACCUCUUAGAAGCGGCAUUUUUUAAAGCUUACAAAAACUCAAAUUAGCUUUCCGAUCAAAGGGCUCUAAGCAUUUGUUAACUUUUGUGUUUGUGCGUGUGUCGAGGAACUCUCAGUAGCCUACAUGAAUGUACUUAGAGAAGAUCUCCCUUUGCUAUCUUUUUUUCCCCGGAAUUUGGAAGUCUUAUCAGUCCCGUUUCCUUCCCCCCCUUCCCCCCCCCCACCCUAGUGAAAUAUAGAAUGAUUCUGCAAGUACCUUAACUCUCUUUUCCCUCCCGGAAUCAAUCAGACAUGACUCGUGCCCACCAGCGGGGGAGGGGGAGCCUGCACAUGAGACGAGAACCAGGUAAAUCGGCUUGUGCGUUCACCUGUUCUCACAAAUGGCAACAGACCUCCAGAGUUUGGACUUCUGUUGUGUGCAAGGAGACUGGGGAGGGGUGCACGCGAGGCCCCCCUUCCCGCUGGGAUGACGGACUCUUUUAUUUAUCCAGAUUGUCAGAGGGCUGCUUUAAUUUUGUUUUGCAGCGUAGAUUUCUGAGCUAGCUUUUUGAGCGUUAACCCUCUUGCACAAUGCAAAAGCCAUUGAGUAAUGUAUCUCCCCCCCCACCCUACCUUCUUACUCCACUGCCUUCUAAGGUCUUGUCCACCCUCCCCCACCCCCCCACCCCCAUCUUCCACAGCUCUUGCCUCUGCUUUGUGCUGGCUGAUGGGUUUUUUUUUCUUGGUAGCUGUUCUGAGUUGUGUAAGCCCCACCGAAACAUCAGCGCUAGCACACUGCUAAACCCUUUAUUUCCUUUCCCCCCCACCCCUCCCCUUUCCUUUCUGUCUCGGUUUGUUUUUUAAAAUCUGUUUGUCAUCAAAUUAAAAAAGAAACUUAAUAAAGAGCUCUUGCAUUCAA